GCGCUACUAAAACCACGAGCCUUCCUAUCUCCUCAGUUGUCGUCCGAGCGCGCCGCGAUCCGAGUCUUCUUUUUCGCAAUCCUUUCGAUAGGGUCCCGAGCUAAUGAGAAAGACAAGACGGGCUGGUACUAAACUCGUUUCUUUAUCGACUGCUAAUUUAGCUCCGCUCGCGCUCUAUGCCGGAAUCACUUUGCCGGGUCCACUUGAAAUUCGCUUCUGACCGAUCUACGAAAGUAUCGCGUGCUAUGAGCCGAUAAUUGAGAAUCCUCGUGUCUCGCUCAGUGACUCCUGCUCGACCACCUCGUAACAGGAUAAUUCGUUAAUGGCCUGUGACUCCUCGUAAUGCAACGAAUAAGAGCGAGAAUUACGCAAAGAGGUCAGAAUCGUUGUUUCAUUUGAAUUUUCGCGAGCAACGUGAUCCGCCCGUAAUAUGUGGAACCGGAAGGUGUUCAUCAGAAUCAUCGAAGUGAUACUCUGCCUCGCUUGCGUGGUGGCGCUUAGGGUCACCGACGAUGAGAGCAGAAGGGUGUUCCAUUAUUUGAGGAGCCGGAGCAGAGAAUGGUCACUUUUGAAUAACGUCACAUGGGGUGCCAUAGGCGCCGCUCUAGCGACUGCGACCUGCGGCGGUUACAUAAUAAUAACGACGGGUCUCCUCAUUGCCGCUGCUACAGGAGAACUCACGGGUCGAAAGACGGAACUGUUCUUCCUUGGACUUGGCAUCAUUCUUUUCGGCAUCGUCGGUUCUUUAUCAAUGGCUUCCAUUGAGAACGUCCCUGAAGACUUGGUGGACAACGCAGCGGUGUUCGGCGCGCUGUGUAUAUUGACAGCUUUGGUGUUCAUUGCUGACUUAUUAAUGAGCUCGCCUAAAAAGAAGAUCAGCCACGGCAUGACGGAGGCGUUGUCUAGUAAAGCCAAGAACCUGGUAACAGCGACACUGUCCACGGAGAAAGAAUCGAAACCAUCGAAAUCAUCGAAAUCCACCGGCAAAGCCACGAAGAGCGAAGAUGGCACGGUCAACGACGGUUUCGAGAAAGCGGAAGAGCGACAUCAGAAAAGUUCGCCGGAAGAAAUAUCCGAGGAUCCUCGAAAUUGGGAGCGAGAUCGUCCAAUGAGUCAGUCCUUCAAGAGUUCAGGGCAUAGAGACGAAGAGAAUGGCCGGUUAUCGUACGAGGAGUCUGAAAGAAGGGAACACACGCAGAACUUCGAGAACGGCAGAGCUCUCAGAGAUUCGGCUAGGUUACGAAGCUCUGAGACGCAGAAGAAUGGGCAAAGAGACUCGUACAAGAUGGAUCACAGGCACGAUAUGCCGAAGAUUGUGUAUAAGGUUCAAGAUAUCUAUCAGCGACCAGUCGACGAAGUCGACACGCCGCGUUUUCCGACGGAAAUGGACGCCAGAGGUGACGCUAUGUUCGCGAAAGUUGUGAAUCCCGGCGUGAAGAUUAUGAAGGUUGAGCACGAUGUCGAUGAAACUUUCGAUUCGUACAGAUACUCGGAUACCAGUCAAUACGACAACGUUCCGAUUCGCAUGCGAGGAGCUUCGCCGAAUUACAAGAAGAGUCGUGACGUUUCUUUUAAUGUCCCAUCGCCACCGAAGGGGUACGGGAAGGCUUACAAUAAAAUAAAGGACGAGAUGGAAAUGCUGGAGGAAUGUUUCGGUUCUCUUCGAACGGCCAGCACUCAAACGGCCGGAGCAAGGACACCGUCGUCGCCAACCGAUCCUGGUUACGUUCGACAUACUGCCAGCAACUGGCCACAGGAAACUAAAAUGAAAACGCCUGGCGGCAGUCCUGUUCAUGGGAAAAAUUAACCUUCAGAGAUUUGGCAAAGUCUUGUGCGAAGAAUUUUUUUUCUAUUUUACAAUAGGUUACUGCAAGUAACUUAUCAGAGGUUAACACUAUUUCUACCGAGGUGUCGAAUUUUCGGCUUAAAAUUAUUUUUCAACCUUAGUUGUACAUUCUGAAUUGACCUUCGACUUUACCAAUAACGAUUAUAACAUUAAUCAUAGGAAAUGUCAAAAAUUCAAUUGGGGAAAAAUUGUUAAACUGAGGAAAGGAUUGUAAGUUAAAAUUUCAGGUGUCCUUUGACACCUUCGGUAGAAAUGGUGUUAAUCGGGUGUACAGAGUCUAGUGAUAAAUUCAUUUUUCUGUGGCAUUAUAUGUGGACGUUCGCCAGUUGUUUCGGAAGAAGUACAUUCGAUGAGAAAGUCAGUUUAUCCCUGAUUGAAAUUUUUUACAUUUUAUUGAAGACUGGGAUAUCUCCCUUCACCGAAUACUUAGCGGUAAGCUGAAUAUAUUUAUUGUGGAGUUUGUAUUUAAUCGAAUUUUCGCUCACUGCCUUCGAUUGUCAAUAAACGUGUACUUAAUAAUAUCCUGUCGACAUUUGUCUGUUUAGCAAUAUGUUUUGUGAAUGUAUGGAUUUAUAUAGACAAUCGUCUAUUAAUCGUUCGAAAGGAUUUUCCUGUAAAACAGAGGAUAAGAGAAUGGAACACGAAUUCGACAGGUAUACGUAUAUGUAGAAAUUUUAAUAUAAAGUUUAACACCUCCGUUCACAUCGAUACGCAAUA